AUUUUCUAGGUUGGUAAUGAUUAUGGGGCAUGAACUCGUAUAUUUUCUUGUCGAGUGCCUCGAUUUAUUCAUAUUGAAGAUUGUAUCAUUUCCAAUCCGCAAUGGAAUUGUCUACCUCAGAUCUUCGGCUUGCCAUAGAACGCAGCAAAAGUGUGGAAUAGAUUCUGGGUUGAGAGGCUACCCCAUAGUAUAGCUUUCAUACAUUACUCGCUAUUCAAUAGUCUUAACCAUUUACCUACUAGCUAUUAGCUAUUAGUUUGGCUUCUAUGAUAGCGUGCCCACCUCCCACUCAGCGUCAUUCGAAACAAGUUUUUCUUUCCUCCAUCAUUAAACCCCCAUCUCAAUUACAAUUAUCCUCCUUAAAAUCCAAAGCCAUGCAUUCUCCAUUGCCAACGAUCAAAAACUUCCUCCGUGCUGCCAAAAAUAUGGUAAAACGUAAAGGGAAAUCAAAAGCUUCGACUCGCGCUAGAACUGACUUGGCUAUUACGUCAGUACCGAUUCCGAUUCAAAAGGGUGGUGCGCCCACAUCUCCUUCUCUUUCCAUGGGUUCUAUGGUUACUUGUGCGAAAGGCUCGUGGUAUUCUGCACCAAGUGAUACAUACGAGAUAGUAGUUGGAUCACAGGAUGCAUUUCCUAGCGAGGAAGCACCCUGGGGUGAACAAUAUGGGGAAUAUCAUGAAUAUGAAGAAUACGAGGAAGAUGAGGAAGAUGAGGAACGUGAAGAAAAGGAACACGAGUAUUUUUGGGAAGAAUUGUGGGAACAUUUCCAUGCGGAAGGAGAUGUCAAGAACGAAUUGGACGCCGUUACGGCUGCGCUUCGUAUCGAUGGGCUUAUGUUAGCAGGCUGUACUAGCAUCGGUACAAAUGAUUCCGGGAUGGAUUUAUUCAAUCGUGAUAGAUUUAAGAGUCUCCCCUCAUUCCCUCUAUCUGAGCUAGAUGAAGAAGAGAUGGAAACAACGCAGUGGAACGUCGAUGUGCUCUUGGAAGAGCCACAGGAACAAGAAGUUGAAAGGACUUCGAUGAGUCUGAUGCAGACAAUUAGCAACACUUGGACUGAGGUUAAAAUGACCCUGCGCUCGAAAAUAUCUAUUCGAUCUUUGCAAUCAAAGGCUACUUGAGACUAUCGAUCUUGCUUGCGAGAUACGGAGCUCCUUGUAGCUGACAUUCCGGCAUCUUUACGUGAGCUAUUCCGAAGAUUUUCGCUAGACGCAAAGAUUUUAACAGAUCUCUCAUACUGGCAAGCAACGCAAGAGAUUUGUUAGUUUUGACGAUAUAGAAGUUCGAUUGGUACCUUGGAACUAGAAAAAGGUUGCCUAGAGUUUUACUCAACAUCUCAAGUCUCCGCUAUUUUAUCCAUAAAUCUACACCCAAACGCACUUCACGCUAUAUUCUCUCCCCUCAAAAACAGCAACUUCCAUCCGCGCAAUCGAAUAACACUCCCAGUCAAGUUCUAGAUAUUUACCACCGCGAGUUUUCGAUUCCAAUUCUUACCCUGGAAUCCCUCAAAUACAACGGGGUAACGUAUCGGCCCAAACAAGCCAGCACCAAAGACGAUAUUGUAUCCCACCCUGGCAUGGUUAUUUCCAUGAUGGAAGUGCAAUUUGUUAAGUAUAUUUAGGGGACUGGGAGAAUGGGAACAGCGGGGUAUUGAUGUAUGGUCUGCAAUGCUGCUCUAUUCUACGCCCACAGCCGCUCUACUACUAUUCACGGAAAAGCAUUCAUUGCAGCUACACAUGGAAUGAGAAGAUCGCUUAGAUUUGAUAUUGUCACGUUGAAGUCGGGAUCUCGCAAAAGGUGUGGUAGACGAGCUGAACAAAGAAUCUUGAGGUAUUUUAUUUGACAAAUUGAUUUCUGA